AUGUUCACCGCCAGGACAUUCCACAGAGCCUCGCACAUAUACCAUGGCUCGAGGAGCUCCAACACCAGACGACGACAUUCGCUGUCCUCCCUACGGCAGCCAGGGCUGCCCGAGUGGCCGGCCAGCUCUGCUCCUACACCCCAUGAGAUCCUGGGGGUUGCUCCUGGCGCCCCGUACUCCAAGGACAGGUUCAACCAGCUUGUGAAGAUGUACCACCCCGACAUGUCGGGUGCGGACGCGCGAGUCCGUCAUCUCCCGCAGUCGGUUCGCCUGGAGCGAUACCGGCUCAUCGUCGCAGCGCACAAUCUGCUCAGCGAUCCGUCCUACCGGCGGUUAUACGAGUCGCACCGUCAGGGCUGGGUGUAUCCUGGGCCGUUCACUGGCCGCCAAGGCGACAAUCGCCACGGUUUUUCUUCAAAAGACGGCACCGCGCAGAGCUCGCCGAGUCCGAUGCGUCAACGGCCCAUAUAUGCUUCGAAUGCGACCGUGGCGAUACUCCUGGUUGCGUUCGGCAUGUUGGGGGCGGCCCUGCAGUUCAAACGACUGGCUGCAAGUAGACGCGACAUCAGGAGGCUUGAGCUGGUGCUGCAGGAGGCCAUUCAGGAGGAAAUUCAGGCCUGGGCAUCGGUAUUGCAGGGACAGACAAAGGACGACCGUAUUCUUGCGUUUCUGGCCAGACGGCAUGGCGUGCCUCAUCAGCUGCAGAGCUGGGCGGCAUCUCAUGGGAAGCAGUAA